AUGAACGAAGUCCCACAUAAUGAACAACCCCCAAAACAACCCCCCAAGACCCUUACAACCCUCCCCACAGAACUCCACCUCCAAAUCUCAACCUACCUCCCCUACCCCGACGCCCUAGCCCUAAAACACACCUCCCGCCACUUCUACGCCCUCGUCUACACCGGCGUCCACCUCAAAGUCGACUGGUUCGUUGAGCGCUUCGAGCAAAAACUCGAAUGCCCCAUGGAGAAAUGCUCGUUCCGGACCGACGAGGCCUUUUGUAAUCUGCGCAUUCGCCGUAUCAUGGAGCGCAGGCGACGGCAUUUGGAGUGUCGGCGGCGGGCUGGCGGGUGUUUGGUGGUUCCGGGGAGGACUUGCCAGGGGGAUUUGGUACCGGGGUGGUUGAAGGGGAAGGGGGGUUUGGGGGGUGUUGUUAUGUUUGGGAAUGAGGGUUUGGUUUUCGUUCUUGGGAUGUUGUUUUUGGGGGUUUAUUUGACUUGGGGGGUGGUUUUUGGGGUAUGA